AUGUUAGACAUCUGGUCAUUGGCACGACAACAAUAUUUAGAGGAAUCUCGGAAACGAACCAUGCGACAGCAGGAAACUGCUACUUCAUAUGCCAAUUUUAUCGAAAGCGAUUCACAAACGAGCGAUACUCGUUUGGUUAUUUGUGGAAGUAAGAAUUGCGGAAAGACAUCGAUGAUAUUACGAUUCUUGAAUCGAAAUGAGGACGCAAAACCGACCAUUGCAUUAGAGUACACAUAUGGACGACGGAAUCGAGGAAAGUUGAAAGACGUUGCACACAUAUGGGAGUUAGGAGGCGGAACAAACCUCUGCAAUCUUCUACAAAUACCGCUCUCCAGCAAUUACAUACAACAGUGCUCUAUAAUGAUUGUUAUUGACCUAACUGCACCUUAUGAUAUGUGGCAUACAUUUUAUAACUUACUGGACAAUGCUCGUGUAAUCGUCGAUAAUGCGAUGCAACAGUUUAUUAGAAGCUCAUCCGAUAGUUAUGAAGCAUUUUUGGUUGAUAAGAAGGCAGCUUUUAAAGAGCAUAAGGAUGCGGAAUAUAUUGAUCCCUUCCCGAUACCAUUAAUUCUACUCGGUGCGAAAUACGACGAAUUUCAGGAUUUCGAACCUGAACAACGGAAAAAUAUAUGCAAAAUCCUUCGUUUCAUGGCACAUAUGAAUGGAGCCACUCUUGCGAUGUUCAGCAGCAAAAUGGAAGACUUGAUAACUAGAGUUCGAGUUCUUAUCAGUAGUGUUGUUUUCGGCACUGCAGCUCCAAAAACGAUCUGCACUGAUCACAACAAGCCAUUAUCAAUACCGCGCGGUGCCGACUCGCUAAUGGAUAUUGGAGCUCCUCCUCUUACCAACUCAUCGUUAUCGCUUAUUGGAGCUACGAGUGCUCGCGAUAUAUGGCAUGAAGCAUAUUUAGAGCUUUUCCCAGCCAAAGAAAAGCAUAACGAAAGUGAAGAUAAUUCAGCCGAGAAUGUGCAUCACAGAGAACCGGAAAUUGAUGAACUAAUUGAACAACGCACGCGGGAACUUGAACAGUACAUGCGACACAAGAAAGAUCGAGCUGCACUGGAAGCCAAAACACAACGAAUGGUCUACCACCAUAAUGAAGUUCUCGGAAAUUUCUAG